UUCCACUCAAAAAUAGAAAUGGCUCUCAAAUUUACAAUAAUAUCCUCUAUCAUAUUACUUGAAAUCUUAAAGGCUCAAUCAGCCAAUAAACUCCCGCCAUUCUCGUGCGACUCAGCCGUCACAUCGACAAAGUCGUUCCCGUUCUGCAACUCCGAUUUGCCGAUACACGAGCGGGCCCGCGACUUGAUAUCCCGACUCUCGUUGGACGAGAAAAUCUCGCAGCUGGUCAACAAGGCGUCGGCCGUUCCGCGGUUGGGGAUACCGUACUACCAGUGGUGGUCAGAGUCUCUGCAUGGCAUCGCGGGGUCCACAACAGCGGACUCCGGCGUAACGUUCGACGAGACUAUCAAGUCGGCGACUAGUUUUCCUCAAGUCAUACUCACCGCAUCUACAUUUGACGAGAAUCUUUGGUAUCGAAUUGCCAAGGUGAUGGGCAAAGAAGCUAGAGCUAUAUACAAUGAAGGACAUGCAGUAGGCAUGACAUUUUGGUCGCCAAACGUCAACAUUUUCCGAGAUCCGAGGUGGGGAAGGGGACAAGAGACACCUGGCGAAGACCCUUUUCUUACAAGUAAAUACGCUGUCUCGUUCGUUCGAGGAAUCCAAGGCGACAGUUUAGAAGGGGGUGACCUCAGAGACGGCCAUCUUCAAGCCUCUGCAUGCUGCAAACAUCUCACCGCCUAUGAUUUGGAGAGUUGGAACGGAAAUAGUCGUUUCACAUUCGACGCUCUUGUGACGAAGCAGGAUAUGUCGGAUACAUUCCAACCAUCUUUUAAAAGUUGUGUGAAAGACGGUCGAGCGAGUGGGGUUAUGUGUGCUUAUAAUUCCGUCAACGGUGUUCCAAAUUGUGUUGAUUAUGAUCUACUAACGAAAACCGUUCGCGGGGAAUGGGGAUUCCAAGGGUACAUAGCAUCAGACGAUCAUGCGGUCCCACAUCUAUAUGAGAUGCAAAAUUACUCCAAAUCACAUGAAGACGCUGUGGCAGAUGUUCUCAAAGCAGGCAUGGAUGUCGAAUGCGGCGACUAUCUGGCGAAUCACACAAAAUCAGCAAUCCAAAUGGGGAAAGUGAGUGAAUUUGAUAUAGACAGAGCCCUUCAUAACCUCUUCACCGUGAGGAUGAGAUUAGGACUUUUCAACGGCAAUCCAAAUCAACUUCCGUACGGAAACCUUAGCCGUAACGACAUAUGUACUCACGAGCAUCAAGAUUUGGCACUUGAAGUUGCACGCGAUGGGAUUGUCCUUUUAAAGAACUCGGCAAAUCUCCUUCCACUGUCAAAGUCGAAAACAAUGUCUCUUGCAGUAAUAGGCCCCAAUGCAAAUGUCUCGGGAACACUCUUAGGAAGCUACGCGGGGCCCCCGUGCAAGACAAUUACUCCACUACAAGGACUAAUGAAUUAUGUCAGGAAAACCGAAUUCCAUCAGGGUUGCGAAACCGUGAAUUGCACCUCAAUUGCCUCACGAGAAACGAUGAGACUUGCCAGAUCAGCAGAUUACGUUGUACUCGUAAUGGGAAUCAAUCAAGAUUUUGAGCGCGAAGAUUUGGAUCGAGAAGACUUGGUACUUCCAGGUCAGCAACAGAGUCUUAUCAUGAGUGUUGCAAAGGCAGCUAAAAAUCCGGUUAUAUUGGUAUUGCUUUGUGGAGGCCCUGUUGAUGUUUCGUUCGCGAAACAUAAUCCCAAAAUUGGGAGUAUUUUGUGGACCGGAUAUCCCGGUGAAGCUGGCGGAAAAGCUAUUGCAGAGAUCAUAUUUGGUGACCACAAUCCAGGAGGAAGGCUGCCGAUGACUUGGUAUCCGAAAGAUUUCAUCAAAAUACCGAUGACAGAUAUGAGAAUGAGGUCCGAUCCAUUAUCCGGCUACCCGGGACGAACAUACAGAUUUUAUCAAGGCGAAAAAGUUUACGAGUUCGGCUAUGGUCUUAGCUACUCAAAUUAUUCAUACAAAUUUGUUAACGUUGGCAAAAACAAUCUCAAUGUCAAGAGAUUAUCGAACGCAAUGAGGCUUAAAAGACCGUACGAAAUUCCAGUUUCGGAUAUCGGCUUCGAAAAAUGCGAGAACGCAAAGUUUUCGGUUAAUGUUAGCGUAGAAAAUGAAGGGGAGAUGGCCGGUAAGAACUCGGUUCUGCUAUUUGUAAGGCGCGACGAAGCCGUUAAGGGUAGUCCAGUGAAACAGUUGGUCGGAUUUCAGACAGUGAAAUUAAACGCAAAAGAGAAGGCUAAUGUUGAAUUUGAAAUAAAUCCAUGCGAGCAUUUUAGUAGUGCUAGUGAAGAUGGAACGUUGGUAAUUCAAUCAGGGACUCAUCACUUAAUUGUCGGAGAUCAAGAGUAUCCUAUUCUGCCAGCACAAAUAUUUGACAACAGCUGGCACUUCUUUUGAAUUGUUCAAUUUAAUUAUUUGUAAUAUAAGAUUAUCUUUCACCAAAUUGUUUCAAUUGUUUUAUUUUUGUGGGUAGUUGAAUUGUUCUAGUAUAUGAAAGUAAAUUUGUAGAUAGUUUGUAUCCAGGGGUUAUCUGUUGGACUAGUAUAUUUAAAAUCAUUGCUUUCAUUAUAGAUUUUUAUUUAUAAAUUGUGAUUUGUUACAUUAUU